AUGAUCAACAACGAAAACUCAUAUGCGAGUGGAAAGAAGCUACGCCCGAGAGGUCCACGAUCCAGUCUGACGAUAUUACGCCCACAGUAUGAUUUGGAAGCACGUGCUUUGGACUACUUCUUUCUGUAUCAUGUUGUGCAUGUCGAUGAUUUAACCGAGGACAUCCCUGACGUGGCACAAGGUCUCUGUAUUUGCAUUACCCUAUGGAAAGCCUCAGGACGCAAAUCGAUCAUGGUCGAUACGGCUCUAGCCUGUGUCUCUCUCGCAGUCUUUGCACAAAUUCAAAAGUAUCAAAAUGUCGCUGUGGACGCUUCUGUGCGGUAUGGUCGUCUGCUCCGGAUGAUGCAGAAGAAAGUGAAGAACAUUCAGCUUCUCUCGACAACUUCUUCCGAUGACGAAGAAACUGUUGAUGCGUAUCUUUUGACCAUGCUUCUCAUGGGCCGUUAUGAAUCGACAAUGCACAACGAUAUCAAUGUUGCACAUGCCUACGAAGCCUCGGCGGCGUUGCAAAGAUGGGUUCAUCACGAGGGCGCUCUCAUAAUUUUGGAGCGGUGGAGCGAACAAGAUCUUAAAGGGUGCGCGGGUCCUUCAACCACCAUCAUGAAAUUUGCAAGGAGAGGCAUGAUUCAAUCUUCAUUCCGACAGAACGCACCGUUGCAAGAUUGGAUCAUAAAUGGUAGAAGGUUUGGUGAGUGCGAUUUCGGCUUAGCGUAUGAUCGUAUCGUGAUUGAUACGAUCACACUAUAUCAACAGGCCGACAGUCUCCUUCAAUGUGACCGUUUUAUGGAAUCGGCUCUAGGACUCGUCCAGAAUGCACGAGAAAUCGAGUGCGCGCUUCGGAGAUGGACCACCGGUUUCCCCGAUGAGUGGGCGUUUCGACGACGAGACCUGGAAAGGCCAAACACUAUGUUGCCCACAGAAUACUUGCCUUCAACGCACUUGAUAUGUGACAAGCAAGGGUAUUCUGCGGUUUGGAUCCUGUACUUCGCAACAGCAAUGCUUGUCAAUAGUAUUAGCUUGAAAGUCCUGGACCGACUGGCUACCUGCCAAAAUUUCACUCAAACAAGCUGCGUGGAUCACCAAAGACUGAACUGCUUGCAGGUUCUUCAUGCCUUAUCUGAAAAUAUGACAUCUGCUGUGGCAGCGUUUCUCUCCGUCGAAAAGGUAAGCAGCAAGGAUGUUGAUGAGCAACACACCCGUUCACCACCACCCGUCCUUUCCAGGAUGGGAUUAAUCGUGUGGCCAUUGGCUCUUGCAGCGAGUGUUUACGGGAUUGAGCCUCAGCACGAGAAAUGGUUGAAAAUGGAGUUGUCAAGAAUCGGGAAGUUGUUGGGAAAUGGGUUCCUCGAACUCGCUGCAAUAAGUCCCAAGUGGACGAUACUCAACAACUGCAAUCGCAUGGCCGAUCCAUUUGAGAAGUUGUGCGCCAAAGUACCCGCCUAG